CACUACCAACCGCCCGCAUCCGACAGCACCACCAACAUCGCCGACAGCUCCCCCACAGCAGCCAGCCAUCCAUAUGUAUGUACCAUUCAUCCUCCACUGCAUGCAUGCUACCCGGCGGCGGCCCAAGCUUCAUCGAUCGCCGAUCAUCUUCUAGCUAGCAGCUAGCUUGUUAUUAGCUCAUCGGCGAUGGACUACGUGGUCGCCCGGAUGCAAUUGCAACAAGCAGCAGUGCCGCCGCCUGUUCACUCCAUCGCCGACCACCGUCCUCCGCCUGUGUCGCAGAGGACGCGGGGCAGCGCGACGAUGCAACGACAGCGGCGUGAGGCACUCGAACAGGAGGUGGCAGAGCUGAAGCAGCAGCUAUCCAACGAGCAGACGGUGCACCAGAUCCUGGAGCGCGCCCUGCAGCCCAGCAGCUCCAUGGCCCUCGCCAACAUCCCCGCCUUCAUCCCCACCAAGGCCAAGGAGCUGCUCGCGGAGCUGCUGCUGGUGGAGGAAGAGAUCGCCAGGCUGGAGGACCAGAUAAAAAGGAUGAAGAAGUCCGCCGCCACGCAGCAGCAGCAGCAGCAGCAGACGGAGCACUGCAAGUCCAUGUUCUUCAUCAGCCAGGCCAUGGACGGCGAGGCGUACCUCAGCACGGUGGUGAACAACAAGAGGCAUUCCCUGGCGUCGUCGUCAGAUGGGCAUGCGGUGUUGGAGAAGAAGAUCGCCCAGCACGAGCUGCCCAUCACCAAGAAGAGCCCCACGGUGAUAGCAAAGAGGAGGGCGAGAGACCAGCAGCAGCCGCCCAACAAGCUGUCGGAGAGGAUCCUCAAGUGCCUGGUGUGCAUCUUCAUGCGGCUGCUCCGGUCGUCCCGGGCGUCCGAGUCCGCCGCGGGCAACCUCGGCGGCUUCAGGAUGGACAUGGGGCUCGUCAACGUGGCUGCAGCUGCGGCGGCCAAGGAGAAGGAGAGGGGCCAGCAGGAUCACUACGGCAUCUUCGGCAUCCAGGACUCCAUGGUGAGGGACAUCGGGCCCUACAAGAACCUCGUCAGGUUCACCACCUCGGCUGGCUCCGGCUCCGGCUCCGGCUCCGGCUCCCUGGACCUCCACCUCCUCAGCAGAGGGUUCUCGGCGUCGCCCCUGGUAAGCAAACUGAGGGAGAUGCUGGAGGCGCUGCAGCAGGUGGAUGUGCGCUCCUUGAAUCACCACCAGAGGCUGGCGUUCUGGCUCAACAUCUACAACACAUGCAUCAUGCACGGCAUUCUGCAGCAUGGUUUGCCCUCAAACUCGGACAAGUUACUCGCACUCAAGAACAAGGCAACAAUCAACGUGUCAGGGCAAACUUUCAAUGCGUUGGUGAUUGAGAAUUUUAUCUUGAGGCAGCCGUCAAGUGUGAAACAGCAGGAGUUGUGGCAAUGCGACGUGGAUGUGGAAGAAGAACAGGCGGUGAGGGAGGUUUAUGGGCUCAAGACUUCAGAACCCAACAUUCUCUUUGCACUCUGCUGCGGCAUCAGAUCAUCGCCAGCAGUAAGUAGUAUGCAUGUAUGUAUUAUAUUGGCACUCAAUUAAUGCAUACAACACAAUGCAGCUUCGCAUCUACAAAGCAGAUCGUGUUCUUGUGGAUCUGGACAAGGCAAAGCUUGAGUACCUGCAGGCAUCGCUGGUGGUGACAUCCACCAGGAGGCUCAUGAUCCCAAGCCUCCUCCACUCCAACAUGCAUGACUUUGCAAAGGACACGGAGUCGCUGCUUCGAUGGAUCUGCGAGCAGCUGCCCACGUCCUGGUCCAUCAGGAAAUCCAUGGUGGAUUGCCUCGCCGCCAUUACCAACAACAACAACAAGCUGGAGGAGGUGGUCGUGGAUGUCAUUCCCUUGGACUACGACUUCCAAUACCUGCUGCCCAUGUGAUCAACUCAUCAUGCAUCAUAAAUAUUAUUAAUUGCCCAUUCCAUUAAUUCCAUGCAUGGAUUAUUAUUCUGUAAGUUAACUGAUACAGAUGGAGUUAUUGUGUAGUCUUGUCUAUCUCAUUAGCUACUAGGAUGGACUCCAACAAGGAAACUAUUCAAAUGUUGCUUGCUGGUGAUCAUUAUAUUGUAGAUUUCUAGUGAUUACAAAGUUUCAUAACUCUUCAAUACCUACAACUUUCAUGUUGGUGGUUUUUUUU